UAAGUCAUUCUCAUCAACACACACAGUCCUUUCUUAGUUGCAAUUUGCAAUGACAACUCUCAUGAUCAAUUCUCCAGCGCUCAAGAGAAUUGUCGGCUCCAAUGGCUUUUUCCCCAAAUUCGUCAGAAAUUUUCAUAAAUCCCAUUCUCCAAUCAGCCCUUCAUCUUUUAACUACCCACAUUCAGAAGCAGCCCACAUCAUCUUCCCUCCUUCACUCUCAACUCAAAAAACUCCAUCAAUCACUGCUUCAAUUAGCAAACAAACAGUUAAAAUUCAAUACCCAAUUGCUAACCCAACUCAAAGACGUCGCUUACGAUACCAGCGAGCUCGUCGACGACCUGGAAUACGAAGCGCUGCGUCAAGAAGUUGAAGAGUUCAGCAGAUCGAACCCAAAUAAGCCCAUCACUGGCCCCUCCAUUUCUCAAUUUAGAGGUUUGCAAACUGGGGAUCCCCAUACUAAUAAUCGAGGAGGAGGAGUACCUGCUCUUGAUUCAGUUGAUGUCCAAGAUGUUUCUUGUAGUGGUGCCAUUGAAGAUAGGAUAGCCAUAAUUGUAGAGAAAUUGGAUUAUUUUGCUGCUAUUUUAGAGGGUACAAUUGAUCAGGAUAACAAUAAUGAGGUUGUUAACCCUCCGAUCACUGGAGAUGUAUGUGCGGCCAACAAUAUUGUUGAUGAAUCAGCACAGCAAGAAGUUGAAGAACUCAUUAGAACAAACACAAAUAAGCCCAUCACUCGCCCUUCAGUAUCUCGGCCUGAUAUUCAAAAUGGCGAUGAUGAUGACAUCGCUCAAGUUCCUGCCAACCUAAGAGGAGGAAAGAGUAGAGGAAAUUUUUUACCUAAAUUGAAGAGCUUGAUUUCUGAAAUUAGUAAAAUGUGCAAGUGCUUUGAUGGCGGGGAUGUUAGGAAGAAAACAAGCACUACACCUAAUCAUGAUUCAUCAGAAGAUAAGAAUAAUGAUAUUGUUGUAGGAGGCUUAAAUGGAGUUCUACAUAAGCCCUUGAUCAAUGCGGAGGUAUACUGGGGAGACUACGAGAAAGAGGAACUGGUUAAGAUGUUGUUGGAUCCUGGCGAACAAAAUGUUUGUAUCAUCCCUAUAAUCGGCAAGGAAGGUGUUGGCAAGACCACUCUUGCUAAUUCUAUCUAUAGUGAUGAAAGAGUAGAAAAGUAUUUUCAUAUGAGGGAGUGGAUUUCUGCUUCGGACACUUUUGACAUGAUGAGAAUCGCAGGAGAGCUCGAAGAGUCUCUCUAUCUGAGUGGACCCUUUGAUCAGCUUCAGCUGUUGGACCUCUUUGAGAGGAACUUGAUGGCUGAAUUGAAGGGUAAAAGGUUCUUGCUAGUGUUGGAUGAUGUUAGAAGUGAGGAUUGGGCAUUACGCUUUGCUGCAAUAGACACUAAUGUGAAGGGUAGCAAAAUUUUGUUGACAGCCCGAGAGGAUUGGAUGUUGGAUGAGGAGAGUAAGAGGAACAAGAUUGUUCUCAAGGGCAUGAGAGGCGAAGAAUUUUGGGCUUUGUUUAAAAAAUGUUCAUUUGGGGACGAAGACCCUAAUAAGCAUCCAAAGCUAGAGGGCAUUGUCAGAAGGGUAACUGAGAAGUUGCAGAGAUUCCCUCUGGCAGCAAAGUUGGUUGGAGGAGCAUUAAGAGAGAAGCUAAAUUGUGAUCAUUGGAUGAAGAUUCUUCAAAGUGAGUUAUUGGAAUCAGGAAAGGCCUGUGAUGAUGCUAUGCCGUACCUGAGAUUAAGUUUUCAGCACCUACCUUUGCAACUUCAAAGAUGCUUUAUAUAUAGUUCAGUGUUCCCCAAAGCUUAUGCAUUUCAAAUCGAUAAACUAGUUCAAAUAUGGAUGGCUCAGGGACUGAUUCUAAUGGAGGAUGCUGGACGAGAAUACUUUGAUCACCUACUAUCCAGGUCAUUCUUUGAACUCCCUUGUUAUACUAAAUCGUAUUGGAAAGAUAAGUACUAUUUGAUGCCUGAAUUGUUACAUGAGCUAGCAGAGUCUAUAUGUCUCGAUGACAUUGUUGUUUAUAAAGGUACUGAAUUGGAUGGGACUCGAAGAGCAGUUCGCCACUUAUCUGUUUCAUUAUGGGAUGGCCUUAAUUCAGAGUUGGAAUGGAAUAAUUUGCAGACUCUCAUUAUUAACACAAAGCAUUGCCUACAGUUUGAGGUUCUGAAAAGAAUUCGAGUGCUAGAUUUAUCUCACAGCUAUAUGACGCAGUUGCCUGAUUCUAUAGGCAAUCUUAUACAUCUGCGCUACUUGAAUCUCUAUGGAAACUACAUUUUUACUUUACCUGAAUCAUUAUGCAAGCUUUAUCAUCUUCAGUCACUGAUACUGCCUCAUAAAUGUGAUAGAUUGCCCAAAGGGAUCACAAAUCUAGUCAAUUUGCAACAUCUGAAUGCAAGUGAGGCAGCAAUUUCAAGGAUAGCGGGGAUCGGCAGGCUCACCCAUCUUCAGGAAUUGAGCGUAUUUAAUGUAAAAAGGGUGAAGGGGCAUGACAUAGGACAAUUAAAGUGCAUGAAGGAGCUCCGAGGUUCACUUUGUAUCAAUUAUCUCGAUGAUGUAAAAAAUAAGGAUGAGGUUCUUCAGUCCAACUUGAAGGACAAAGUCCAUAUCAGAGAGCUUCAAUUGAAGUGGAUGAGAUGGAAUCCUAAACGCAAUCCUGAUGCUCACAGGGAUGUACUUGAACACCUAAAGCCACCUUCAGGUCUCAAAGAGUUGGAAAUUCACUGGUAUAGAGGCCCUAAAUCUCCAAGUUGGUUUGUGAAAGAAUCACUACCUAAUCUCAAAGUCAUAAUUCUUAGAGGCUGUGAAAAAUGGAACCAUCUUCCUUGUUUCUGGCAGCUUCCCUUUCUCGAGGUUCUCAAACUAGAAAUCAUGAAUUCAGUAAUUGAAGUAGCUGGAGAGACGGUAGAAGUGUUUCCAUCCUUGAAAGAGUUGUGGUUAAAUGAGAGUUCAGUUUUCUUUGAAGGCAUGCCAAUUGUAUCAGAACAAGGGCACAAACUCUUUCCUUGCCUUUGUAAGCUCGUGAUCCAAAAUUGUGAAAGGGUCAAGGGUUUGCCUCCGAUUUCUAUGCUUCAGACACUUGAAGAGCUUGAUGUUAGAAAAUGUCCUGAUCUGGAUGCUGAGAUUCCUGGCCGCUUGAUCAACCUCACUUCUCUUGAAACAUUAAAGAUAUCACAACUGCAACUGACAUAUUUUCCAGGAGAAAUAUUCAAAUGGCUUAAAAAGCUGGAGAUUGAUUCUUGUGAACACCUCGAAUCUUGGAUUGCCAGUGAGAAAGAGGAGGGGAGCUUUUCAUCUCUUACUUCUCUAUGCAUUACUGAUACAUUGCUUCCUACUGGACCAGUGCUAAAUAAGUACCUUACAUCUCUUCAUGAAUUGAGAAUCGAGCGUUGUUCCAAACUCAACUCAUUUACUGCUGAGCAACAGAGAUGGUUUAAAGGGCUCACAUCUCUCCGUGAGCUUAGCAUCCUUGAUUGCAGAAGUCUCAGGUCGUUGCCCAGGGAUCUUCAUCAGCUUCAUUCUCUCGAGAAACUGACCGUAUCUGGCUGCCCUAAUCUCAGAUCAUUGCCAUCUAGCUUGCCAAGCUCUUUGAAAAUGCUUGAGAUCUCGAAUUGCAAUCCGGGAUUUGCUGUGCUGUGGCAAGAGGGGAGAGCUCCUGAUUGGGUCAGCCGUGUUCCUUACAUAUACAUAGCUUGAAUAAUAGAGCGAGGGACACAGUUUGACUGUUUGAGUCAGUCCUUAAUUGGUAGAAGUUUGCUCUGUACCCACUAUUUUUUUUCCUAGUUUGUAUAUAUUUUUCAUUUAGUUCUCUGAUGAAUUAUUUUGUCAUAGGAAUGGACUCUGUAAGGAGACACUGAUCAUUUUUGUAGCAUUUUAUUUCAGAUUAAGUAAUUGAUUGUAAACCGUUAUAACUUGAUCCUCAGUACAGCAAUACUCACCAUUUGUACUAUGCCGCUUUAUUUCUUCUUC